ACUUAAAAAGUUUUGUUUCAGCCAGGAGAUGCAAAUUCAAGAUAGAAUCCCCAGGCUGCUGUAGUCUUGACUGCACUUGAGCGCUGUCUUCCAUCGAGUUUCAGGUCCUCAAAGCCCAGCCCCACCCCCAAAUACGUUCCUGAAUUGCUUCCCACCUCGGAAGAGCUGAGUAGACACUGUUGCCCCAGGACCUCUGUCCCGCAGCUUUCUCUGGGAAUUGGGCAAGAAAGGCCAGUCCCUGGGGCAGAAUUCAAGGGGGAGAUCAGGGUCUGAGAAGUAAUCUUCCAAGAGGGUCCGGAAGCCGGGGGGCUCCCCCGAUUCGUUAGAAGAACAAGAGUCAGCUGUUUUUCAAUCCAAGCCUCAGUUUCCCUCGGGUGUAAAAUGGAGCUGCAGAAGUGAAAGAAAUGAACAACAAAAAAACCCCAUAUAUACAUAUUUUUUUCCUGGGGUCUUUAUCGAUACCAACAAUACAGGCUUGACUUGGCUUGCGUUUUUGAGGAGCCCAAGACAGCUUCACCUCCGUGAAACCACUGCCCCUAUCCACGAAUUUAAGGCUCCGGUCCCUUUAACACGCGCGGGAGGAUGCCCUGGUUUGGCAGGAGGCGGGAUCCUGGCGCCCGGGGAGGCCACGCCCCGGCUUCUCAUUGGCUGCUUUUGAACGUGAGAAGCCCGCCCCUCGGGGGGAACCGUGGCGUCUGUAUAAAAGCUCGGUGGUGGGGUCAAGUCUUGCAUUUUACAACCUUUCCUAACACCUGGUGAGUCGGUUUUGCACACCUCACUCCGCUCACUUCGUCCCUUCGCCAGAGCCAUGAAGGUCGCCAGUGCCAGUGCCACGGCUGCCGCGGGCCCCAGCUGCACGCUGAAGGCGAGCAAGACGGCGGGCGGCGCGGGCGAGGUGGUGCGCUGCCUGUCCGAGCAGAGCGUGGCCAUCUCGCGCUGCGCCGGCGGCGCUGGGGGGCGGCUGCCCGCCCUGCUCGACGAGCAGCAGGUGAACGUGCUGCUCUACGACAUGAACGGCUGCUACUCGCGUCUCAAGGAGCUGGUGCCCACCCUGCCCCAGAAUCGCAAGGUGAGCAAGGUGGAGAUCCUCCAGCACGUCAUCGAUUACAUCUGGGACCUGCAGUUGGAGCUGGACUCGCAGUCCGCAGUCGGCGCCCCCGGAAGCCGCGGGCUGCCAGCCCGGGCCCCGCUCAGCACCCUCAACGGCGAGAUCAGCGCCCUGGCGGCCGAGGCGGCCUGUGUUUCAGCGGACGAUCGGAUCUUGUGUCGCUGAAGAUCGGACUCGGGAGGGACGAAGCCCAGCCCUGGCAAAGGGCGAGGGGGAAGGUGCUCUCCGGGCCUCCCACGAGCGCCUCGCCGGAGCUGGAGAGGACGCGACUGAGACGGCGGUCGGCGGCCCCUGUGGGUCCGGGCCCGGGGCUGGGCGACUGGAGAGCGGAAAGCCAACCUUGCUGCCUGCCUGCCUGCCUGCCGCCAGAGACUCGGAACUUGUUGGGGGCAAAAGGGAGUGUCCUGCCCCCAUGUUUCUAUUUUUUGAAAAGCAGAUGUUUUAAAAAAAAUGGUCACGUUUGGCGCUUCUCAGAUUUCUGAGGAAAUGUAUUACUUGUAUUGUAUAUUACAAUGGUCACCGACUGAGAAUAUUGUUUUACAAUAGUUCUGUGGGGGUGUGUGUCUUUUUUUGUUAUUAAACAAACUUUAGAUGAUGGUA